CAAUUCCCUUUUCCCCCUCGCCCUACGCCCCAAUUCCCAUUUCCCCGGUUGCUCUGCUGCUGCUGCUGCUGCUGCUGCAGACUGCAGUGCAGUUGACCUCUCCCCUUAGCUACCUACCCAGCCUGCAUCUUCGAACACCUCCAAAACUUUUAGUUCCCUGUGCCUUGGAGAUUCUGUCUGACAGUUUCUCAUCGUACAGGCUCUAGCAAGUGUUUGUGCAUGCAAGAUUCUGCCGGAAUUUCGGUCCGAAAACCUUGCUGAUCAGGGCAAGACCCUGCCCAUUUUUUUGCAAGAAACCUUGCUGUGCAGGCUGUCACUCUGCCAGAAUUUUUUACAAGAAACCUUGCUGUUUAGGGCGUCACUCUGCCAAAAUUUUGACCUUGGAUUCUUGAUUGGUCAGGGGGAGACUCUGUCCGAAUUCCCACUACUACACCCUGUUUGUUUGAAGGGAAACUCUGCCGAAAUUUUGUUUUGCUCUCCGGUUGCUUCUGUGACUUCUCUCCAUGCUUCUGCUGCGAACCUUUUGAUGCUGCUGCUAUUAUACAUCCAUCCCCCGUGUUUAUGAUAACUUUCACCGUCCUUGUCCAGUCCUUCUCCGUCGUCUUCCUCUACUGGUUCUAUGUCUUCUCAUAAUUAACCAGCUGCACGUGAUUUGUUCUUCAAGAUUUACGUGCUGAUUUCUGUUAGUUAAGAACUAUUGUUAGUUAAAUCUAGAACGAAAGUGAUUAACCAAGUAAGGCAAUUAAGAGGUGAUACAUCGAAACAACAUGGCCUCUCCCGGCGUGGUGUCGUCUACUGUGACCACGUCGUCGCCGUCGACCGGGUCCGAGGGUGCCUGUGAGCCCCAGCUGGCGGCUGUGGCAGCAGCAGCUGUGACGGCAGAGAGGAAGCGGAAGCGGAAGGAGUCGAACCGGCUGUCCGCGCAGCGGUCCCGCGCGCGCAAGCAGCGGCAGGUUGACGACCUCACGGCGCAGGUGACCGCGCUGCGCGCCCGGAACGGGGCCGUGGCCGCGGCCGCGCACGACGCCGCGCGCCGGUGCGCCGCUGUGCAAGCUGAGAACGCGCUCCUGCGCGCGAGGACGCUCGAGCUCGGCGAGCGCCUGCAGUCCCUCACCGACCUCAUCCAGUGCAUGGACGCCGCCGCCUACAACUUCAACCCGUCCCCCUUCGCCGGCGUCGUGCACCAACAGCCGCCGCUCCUCGACGCGAACAUGUACAACUACUACUAGCAGUCUACUAGAUCGUGUCAACAAGAGGUCAUUGCCAAGAUAACUGUACCUAAUAGCUCAAGUUGUGUGUAUGCUGCCAUGCAGCUAGCUAUGUGUUUGUGUUGUUUCUGUUUACUCGACUCCCUGUCAUGUUGUUAUUGGGUGGGCAUUGGGCAAGGGCAAAGAUGGGUAUAAUUUUGUGGUGUGUGACUUUAUAGUGUGAUAUGGACGUCAAGGACAAUGUAUGUGAUUAUUCGGAUGCCCUUGUUGACA